AGGAAGUCCGUAACGAAAACCGAAAGUUGCUUCAGCUGUCGGUCCCUGACUUUCAAAGUUUAAAAUCUUGUUUAGCUCAGGAGCAGGAAGUAAAGAAAGGGUGGAUGAUGAGAUGACGAGUGAGCUUGCGUGUGUAUAUAUACGUAUACCUAAAGUUUAUGCCUGAAACUUUGUGCCUGGAUGUAAUCCUUUCUCAAAGAUCGCCUUCAAUGCACCUCCUGAUUGCCUUGUAGCAGUGUGCGUGUUCACCGCUCUUUUAUGCAGUGCUGAAAUGCUGGAGAGUACAGUUAACUACCUCUGGUCUGUGGAGGACAUCCUGGGACAAGGAGCAACGGCCAGUGUGUACAAGGCCCGCAGUAAGAAAACGGGGGAGCUGGUCGCAGUGAAGGUCUUCAACAAUGUGAGCUACAGCCGGCCAUACGAGGUGCAGAUGCGCGAGUUUGACAUGCUGAGGAAGCUCAACCACGUCAACAUCGUCAAACUCUUCGCAGUGGAGGAGAUGCACCAUAACGCCAAGCAGAAGGUGCUGGUGAUGGAGUUCUGCUCUGGGGGCAGUCUGCUCAGCCUACUAGAGGAACCGGUGAAUGGCUUCGGGCUGCCCGAGUCAGAAUUCCUCAUCAUGCUGCAGUGUGUUGUUCAUGGCAUGAACCACCUGCGGGAGAACGGCGUGGUCCACCGGGACAUCAAGCCGGGCAACAUCAUGCGUCUGGUGGGUGACGAUGGCCGCUCUGUCUACAAGCUGACAGACUUCGGCGCCGCCCGUGAGCUGGAGGAUGAUGAGAAGUUCCUCUCCAUCUACGGCACGGAAGAGUACUUGCACCCUGACAUGUACGAGCGAGCCGUCCUGAGGAAGCCCCAGCAGAAGGCUUACGGCGUCACCGUGGACCUCUGGAGCAUCGGGGUCACCUUCUACCACGCGGCCACCGGCAGCCUGCCCUUCGUGCCCUUUGGGGGCCCACGCAGCAACAAACAGAUCAUGUACAAGAUUACCACUGAGAAGCCGACGGGGGCCAUUGCUGGGGUACAGAGGGUGAAAGACGGUCCCAUCGAGUGGAGCUACCAGUUGCCAUCCUGUUGCCAGCUCUCUGAGGGCCUCAAGGCCCAGCUGGUCCCAGUACUUGCUAACAUUCUGGAAGCCAACCAGGAUAAAUGCUGGGGCUUUGACCAGUUCUUCGCGGAGACCACGGGCAUCCUCCACCGCGUGCCCGUCCAUGUCUUCUCCCUUCAGCAAGCCACCAUGCUUCGCAUCUACAUCCACUUCUACAACACGGCUUCCAUCUUUUUUGAGGAGGUGCAGCGGCAGACCAAGAUUAGCCCUGAGUUCCAGCAAUACCUCUUCCAAGGACACAGCCUCAUUCUGGAACCCUCCAUGAAGGUGGUCAACUUCCCGCCGACCACAACAGAUCGGCCCAUCUUCCUAUUCAGCCGCCGGCCGGAGAAGAUAGUGGGACUGACCCACAAAGAGCCUGACAUGCCGAGCAUGCCUGCGAAGUUCGACGUCAUAGCCGACUCCAGCUUUUCGAAGGCCGUCCUGGGUAUCAUCCACCAGUAUUUAAGGAUAGGCCACUCGUUACAGAAGUGUCAGGAGCUGAUUCUACAGGGAUUCUAUUGCUACUUCGAGAUGGUCCUUACAGAAUGCAACAGCACGCUGCACAAGAUCAGCAUCGUCAACAUGAAGCUGGUCUCCUGUCUGCAGGUGGAGGACAAGCUGUCCAAGUUGGGCCAGUCUCAUGGGGACCUGCCAGACCUUAUGGACAACAGGAAGAAGCUAAAACUGAUACAGGAGGACCUUCCCGUGUACUGCAAUAGCAUCCGGGACUUUCACACCAAGCUGGACCACCUGCACGUGCAGCUGGCGAAGCGCAUGGAGACACUGGCCGAAGACAAAAGCAUACAGAAGAUGGAGGUCUUGCUGGAGAAGAUCACGCAGGUGCACCAGCAGUACAGGAAGGACAGAGCUGUAGGCAAGCUGAACUACAAUGACGAACAGAUUCACAAAUUUGAGAAGAUAAACUUGUCCAACAAUAUCAAGAAGGUGAAGUCUCUCUUCCGGGAUGUCUGCUCGCAGAAAUACCAUGAUGUCCUGGCCUUAGCUGGAGCCUGGACCAGCGAGCUCCACGAGAUCCAGCUGCACCUAAAGGACUAUGGCGUUUGCUUCAUUCAGAUCAUGGAGGACCUACAAGUGUGUGAACAGUGCCAAAGCAAGGUCCUGGACAGAGCCCUGCUCCGGCUACAGCAGAUGCAGGCGGUGACAGAGCCCUCAGACUGUCCGCGGGACAAGGAUCACAUGAUCCGGAGGAUGAACCAGCUGAAGGACGAGAUGCAGUUGGUGGCACUGGAGUUACAGCACAACAACAGCAUCAUUGAGAGCUUGGGAGUGAUGAACAAAGGUCCAGAGGUCUGACUGCACACAGGAUUGUGGGUCAUCAUGGAGAAAGGUCCGCAGAUGAUGGAAGAACGUUCUGGAAGUCGCAAGGAGAGGUCAAAUGGGCGGCACGAGAUUAGGUCACAGUGUUCAGAGACAUAUGCCUCCGUAAUUUCUUUAAUAAAAUAUAUUUGGGUUAAAUGUCUAAAUAUUACUGUCUCACCCUCAACCUUCUCUUCAAACCACUGACCUCCCUCCCAAAGAAAUGACAUCAGCAUUUUUCCAGAACACUCUUAUAAGCAUUGAUGGUUCUAUCCAUUUAACCUACACAAUGGCCCUUUAUUGCUUGACUGUAGUUCAUGUUCCCAGUUGGGUCUUAAAGCUGCCAACAGGGGAUUCAUUUUGCCUGGAGAAUCGAGUGCUCACUGGCCCCUGCUUCUGCAAUAACCCUCAAUCUCCUGGACAGCAUGUUCAAUAAGAGUCCUGCUUUGUAAUUGAAUGCAAGGUGGAAAUUUCAAAUAUCCUUCAAGGGACUUGACCAUCUGAAUCAGCAGCCAUGCAUCAAGGUGCCCUGUUUAGCUGAAGCUUUAGAGACGUGCUGUUUUAUUCCAGGUUGUUCUUUUACCUCUGUACGUCAUUUAUGACCACAGGCGUAAGACUGUAAUAUUUAAUGUAUUGACGGUGCGGUAGAGAUAUUGUGUUUUGUGAUGCUAUCAGACUUUCUGAGUUCAUGUUGAUUAAAUUAGCUUAAUCAAAAUAGCGAUGGCGAAAAUACACCAGAAAGAGUGCGUCAUAAACCCAGGGGCGCCGCUAAGGGGGGGAAAGUUGGGACAAUUCUAAGGGCCCACGCCCUUUAGGGGCCCCCAGAGAUCUGAAUGGGUGUGGUAGGGGGGCCCAACCUCAUAUUUUGUCAUAGGGCCCAAAAUUGCUAGCGGCGCCCCUGCAUAAACCUGUAAAGGUGUGUUAUUUCAAUAAAAGGAAGUUUUCAGUAAAACGA